AAUAAUACACUGGUGGCGUCACAAGAAAAACUGGUACUAAUAGGGUCAACCAUAAAAACAGUUUCAGUUGUUGUCGAGAGAAACUGUUGCUGAAGGAAAUGGCCUGUUCUAAGUGCCGGUAUUGUUGCCCCUUUUAUACUCCAGGUCCACCACUUCGCAUAGUAUUGAUUGGAAAAACAGGAGUGGGAAAAAGUGCUGUGGGAAACACUAUCCUUCGUAGAAAGGUUUUUGAAUCAAGCCCUUCGGCAAACUCUGUCACUGAGCGCUGCAAAAAAGGAAUGAUCAAUGAGCGAAGAGAGAUUUAUGUGAUUGACACACCUGGAAUCUUGGAUACCAGCAAAUCAAAAGACCUCAUCAAAAGAGAAAUAUUGAGAUGUAUUCAGGUUUCAGCACCAGGUCCUCAUGCGUUCCUGCUGGUGUUACAGAUUGGCCGUUUCACUACUGAGGAGCAAAGAUCAGUCCAGGCCCUGCAAGAGCUCUUCGGACAAGAGGCUUCAAAAUACAUGAUCGUGGUCUUCACUCAUGGAGACGCACUCUGUGGCAAAUCAAUUGAAGACUAUGUGAAAGACGGCCACCCAGAACUCCGCAGAGUGAUCCAGAGUUGUGGUAGUAGAUAUGUUGUUUUUAAUAACAAUGAUGGGAAGAAUCGAGUUCAAGUGAGGAAAUUAAUUGAGAAAAUUGAUGAAAUGGUGGCAGCAAAUGGGGGACAAUGGUUCACUCAGGACAUGUUUAAAGAAGCAGAAGAAAAGAUUCAGCAACAGAAUGUGGAGAGAGCAGCCGCAGAGCUCAUGGAAUAUCAGUUUAGCUUUCUUGGGAUGCUCGACAACAGAGUUGCUUUGUUCCAACAAGUAUUGUUGGAAGGCAUUCGUGAACAGUUUGGUCUUGAUAGCGGCUUUUAUGGGACUUAAAUCGGACAUCUUAGAAAGUUGGGAACACAACUUCUGAACAUAAACACAACUCAUUUGUGUGAUGUUACACAGUGGUGGAAUAUGAUGUUAUUUGACUCUGCAGCACCUAGCAAAAUGAAUAAUUAAUAUGGAAGCUUGUGAAUCUAAUAUGAAGGCACUGUAUUUUAUAGCACUUUUUGGUUUCUGUGUUGUGUUCACUGAUCUAUAAUAUAUAGAUCUAUGGUUGUGUACACAUAUAUAUAUUUUUUUUGUUAUUAUUUUUUUUUAUACUAACACGUCCAGUCAUGAUAUGUCUAAACUACUAAAUGUGAUAGUUUGACUGAUCUAAAGACCUUUGAUUUAAAUACUAAGUUUUAAGACUUGGUUUAACCCGAUACAGCAGAUAUUACCAAUCAAUCCAAUUCAAACAGGGACUCCACUAAUAAGUGUAAUAUUUGUACUUAUAUAGUGAUUGUAUACAUUAGAAUAACAGUCGAUUAUAUACCUGAUGUACAGUAAUUACUUAGAUCAAAAUCAUUUUAGAUUUAGUAAAUAAAACGGCUUUAUAACGGUUAAAUAUCACUGCCAUUCUUUCUUCUUGAAGAUUACGUUUCUUAAGAGUAAUCUGAAUAUUAACGUAUAAUAUUUGCAUAUUCAUUUUAAGACAACGAGAACAGUGGGAAAAAGUGUAGUUUUUCCAUCAUCCUUUAAGAUAUGCUAAGAUAAAAUUUUGCUCUGUAAAAUUUUAAAAGUGUUAAAUUCAAGUAAAAUGUUUAUACUGUGAAAGCUCUGGAUGUGUUUAUAUAUAAUUUGUUAGUAUUAAUAGUAUAUUAGUAUAGUUAGUAUAUUAAUACAUAAUUUUUAAUUGUUUUCCUUUAUUUUCCAAAAUUAUUAUUAUUUUUAUUAUUAGUGUUUUUGCUAUGCACAUUCCUUAAAAUAAUUAAAAUAAUAAUAAUGAUAACAAUAACAAUAAUAUCUAAGUAUUUUGAGGCUUUUGACUGGGAAGAAGAAAAAAUAGCAUUUGUACAUUUAUGCAUUUGCCACUUUUUACACAGUAAAAUUUUUAUUCGAGAUAUAUUUGAUCAGUUCACACAUUUCCUUUACCUUUUGAGCAACAUGAACACAUUUGACCUUUUGUGUUCCACAAAGAAUGUCCUGUUGGUUUGUAGAAAUAUAUAUUUUUAACCUUUGUAUUGUGCUGAAAAUUGUUUACCUAAUUUGGUAUUCCUGUGCAAAAAUCAUUGACCUUUAAAAAUUGCUUGUACAACCCCAAUUCCAG